CUGAAUUUUGUUAAAGGGUCAAAAACAGAACCUCCGACGAAGCAAAAUUCGGCAGAAGAGGCUGAUUGGGUUAGAGAACUUCCGGAUGAACUUGAUGUCUGUAUAGCGCAGCGAGAUUUCGACGCAGCGGUCGAUCUCCUGUUCGAAGGCACGUAUACGAUUAAAAUUCUGCUAUCGAUUACGAGGGAAAUUUUCUGUUUAGGAAGAGAUUACUUGAACGAAUGCAGCGAUGCCGCAUUAGUCCAAGAGGUCAAAGAAAAGCUUGACCUGAAGCAGGAUCAGCUGACUGACAAACUCUGCAAAGAACUGAAAAUACUGUCUGACAAGUACCUUCAAGGGGGUCCGAAGUCCACCAGGAAGGCAGUGAUGUUGCUGGUCAGACUUGGCAAAGCGUCUCAGGCUUGCGACUUAUACUUGAAAAACCGAGCUGCCACUAUGAAGCACGCGAUUCGGGAACUGAAGGAAGACAAGUGGCGCCAGUACAAUUUGCAGAGCGAAAGCAACAUGCACAGGUUCGUUCAAGAGAUGAAAGAUAUUGGAAUUUCUAUCGAGGACAUGGUUUGUGAAAGAUCUCUGCGAGGUCCGAAUGCAACGGAAGAUCGCUGUUGGCUCUGGUUGACCGGUCAAGUGUGUCAUUUCGUGCGUUGCAUCAUGCCCUUUGUUUAUGACAUUGCCUAUUUGCGCGUGAAAAACUUUAUUCCUUUUUGUGACGAAUCUUUCACGAACGUGUGGAAAACAGAACUGGAAUAUUUAGAGCGCUCGGGGACUACAGUUGAUCAA